GCAGACAGGCAGGCAGGCAGGCAGCGGAGUUGGACUAUCUACCCGGGGCCGAUGCUGACAGUUCAGCCCGGAUCACGGAGCCGCUACAGCGAUGCAGCCCCAGCAGAUAUACGACUUUUCAAGUGACGAGAACAGUCACAAAUGGAGAGGCCUCUUCGUGCAAGCUUUGCGGAAGGUACAGAAGCAGGUCCACCCAAACCUCAUGGCGAAGGAGGACGCCCUGCAGCACAUCGAGGAGCUGAUCCUGCAGCUGCUCAACAUGCUGUGUGUGGCCCAGCCUCGCUCCGUGCAGGACGUAGAGGAACGUGUCCAGAAAACUUUCCCCCACCCGAUAGAUAAGUGGGCGAUUGCCGACGCCCAGUCAGCGAUUGAGAAACGCAAGAGGAGAAACCCUUUACUUCUCCCUGUGGACAAGAUACACCCGCUGCUUAAGGAGGUUUUGGGCUAUAAAGUGGACUACCAUGUUUCCCUGUACAUCGUGGCUGUGCUUGAAUACAUAUCAGCAGACAUCCUGAAACUGGCGGGCAACUACGUCGGCAACAUUCGGCACUAUGAAAUCAGCCAGCAGGACAUCAAGGUGUCCAUGUGUGCAGACAAGGUGUUGAUGGACAUGUUCGACCAGGAGGAGGACAUCGGCUUGAUGUCUCAGUGCACCGAGGAGCCGUCGUCCUCCGGGGAGCUCACGUACGACGACCUGGUGAGGCUGGAAAUCGCAGAGGAGCGGCAAUACCUGCGAGAGCUCGACCUCAUCAUCAAAGUGUUCCGCCAGCACUUCCUGUCCAAUCCCAAGAUCUUCACGCCUCAGGACGUGGAGGUGAUCUUCAGCAACAUCCUGGACAUCCACGAGCUGACGGUGAAGCUGCUCGGACUCAUCGAGGAUGCCGUGGAGAUGACGGCCGAUGGCAGCCCUCAUCCGCUGGUGGGCAGCUGCUUUGAGGAUCUAGCGGAGGAGCAGGCGUUUGACCCCUACGAGACCUUGUCUCAGGAUAUCCUCAGUAGGGAUUUCCACGAGCACUUCAACAACCUGAUGGCGCGGUCAACCGCCGGCCUCUACUUCCAGUCGGUUGCAGAAGGCUUCAAGGAAGCAGUCCAGUACGUCCUUCCACAGCUGAUGAUGGUCCCAGUAUACCACUGUAUGCACUACUUUGAGCUGCUGCAGCAACUUCAGGAGCGCAGUCAAGACCAAGAUGACAGAGAAUGUCUGAAACAGGCGAUCACAGCGCUGCUCAACCUUCAAUGUAGCGUGGAGCGCAUCUACGCCAAGCACCAGCCUCGCCGUAAACCUGGUGAGCCCAUGUACCGCCUGUACAGCAGGCAGGUUCGUAGCAAACAACUCGCCAUCAAACGCAUGAACGAGAUUCAGAAGAGCAUCGACGGCUGGGAGGGGAAAGACAUCGGCCAGUGCUGCAGCGAGUUCAUCCUGGAGGGCCCGCUGUUACGAACCGGCGCCAAGCACGAGAGACACAACUUCCUGUUUGACGGCCUGAUGAUAAGUUGCAAGGCCAAUCAGAGCUCGCGGCUCCCGGGUUCGGGCAGCGGGGCGGAGUACCGUCUGAAGGAGAAGUUUGUGCUGAGGAAGAUCCGCAUCGUGGACCGCGAGGACUCGGCGGAGCUGCGGCACGCCUUUGAACUGAUAGGAAAAGACGAGAACUGUGCCGUUUUCUGUGCACGGACAGCGGAGGACAAGGCGGCGUGGAUGGCGGGGCUGGUGACUCUGCAGUACCGCUCCACUUUGGAUCGCAUGUUGGACACGGUGCUGCAGCACGAGGAGCAGGCGCAUCCUCUAAGACUGCCCUCCCCGGAGGUUUACCGCUUUGCCGUGCAGGACUCUGAGGAGAAUAUUGUGUUUGAGGACAAAGUGCAGAGCAAGACGGGCAUCCCCAUCAUCAAGGCCGGCACGGUGGUCAAGCUUAUAGAGAGGCUCACCUACCAUAUGUAUGCCGAUCCGAACUUUGUGCGCACAUUUCUUACAACAUACCGAUCGUUCUGCAAACCACAAGAGCUUCUCACUCUGCUGAUAGACAGGAUUGAGAUCCCCGAGCCAGAACCGACUGAGGAGGACCGACAGGCUCUCUGGAACGGCGACCAGCCAAUGGCGGCCGAGCUCCAGAGAUUCCGGAAGGAAUACGUGCAGCCGGUCCAACUCAGGGUUCUCAACGUUUUCCGUCAGUGGGUCGAACAUCAUUUCUACGACUUUGAGAACGAUCCGGAGCUGAGGAGUCGAUUAGAGGAGUACAUCUCCAGCAAGAUUCAGCUGAGAGGCAAGUCGAUGAGAAAGUGGGUUGAGUCGAUCAAUAAGAUCAUCAGGAGGAAGCUGCAGACGCAGUCCAACGGCGUGAGCCACAACAUCACCUUCGAGAGCCCGCCUCCUCCCAUCGAGUGGCACAUCUGCAGAGCGGGCCAAGUGGACUCGUUUGACCUCAUGACCCUUCAUCCCAUAGAGAUCGCCCGCCAGCUGACUGUGCUCGAAUCAGAGCUGUACAGGGCGGUCCGUCCGUCCGAGCUGGUCGGCAGCGUCUGGACCAAAGAGGACAAAGAGAAGAACUCUCCUAACCUGCUCCGCAUGAUCCGCCACACCACCAACCUCACACUGUGGUUCGAGAAGUGCAUCGUAGAGACCAUGAACCUGGAAGAGAGGGUGGCCGUGUUAUCGCGGGUCAUUGAGAUUCUGCAGGUUUUCCAGGAGCUCAACAACUUCAACGGCGUGCUGGAGGUGGUCAGUGCCAUCAACUCCGUCCCAGUCUACAGGCUGGACCACACCUUCGAGGCAAUACCAGAGAGGAAAAAGAAAAUCCUGGAAGAGGCUGUGGAGCUGAGCCAGGACCACUUUAAGAAAUACUUGGCAAAACUCAAGUCAAUAAACCCACCCUGUGUGCCUUUUUUUGGUAUCUAUUUAACCAACAUCCUGAAGACGGAGGAAGGCAACCCCGACUUCCUCAAGCGCCACGGUAAGGAGCUGAUCAACUUCAGCAAGAGGAGGAAAGUGGCUGAGAUCACCGGAGAGAUCCAGCAGUAUCAGAACCAGCCCUACUGUCUGAAGGUGGAGCACGAAAUCCGGAGGUUCUUCGAGAACCUGAACCCGAUGGACAACAGGAGUGAGAAGGAGUUUUCCGACUACCUGUUCAAGAUGUCUCUGGAUAUUGAGCCACGGAACUGCAGGCAGGCUCCUCGAUUUCCCAGGAAGACCAUGUACACUCUGAAGUCCCCGGGGAUCCGGCCCGUGCGAACGUCUACCUCUGGCACCCUGAAGGGCCACCCGGUCCCCCUGGAGAGGGAGCCCCCACACAAGAUCACCUUCCGGAGUAUCGCCGAGACCGAACCGGAGACGCCGGCGUCGGCCUCGGUGCCCACCUCGCCCAACACGCCGACCCCUCCGCAGUCGGCCUCCUCCGACCUCAGCUCGGUCUUCAUGGAUCACGACUUCAGCAGCACGUACGGUGGUAGCAACUCCAUAUUUGCUCCUGUUCUUCUGCCGCCUUCAAAGUUCCAGUCCGUGUCUUGCGGCAGCCUCCACCACCUCGGGGAGGAGCUGCUGAAGCCUCCUCCUCUGCCGCCACGAAGGAAAGACGCGAUGUCCGAAGCCAAACUGAGCUCCAGGUCCGACAGCCCCCCAGCGAUCCCUCCCCGGCUGCCCCCUCCUCUGCCCAGGAACCAACCUCGACCGCUGGUCUACAACGGCCCCCCCAUGGACGGCCCCCUGCCCAGCCCUCCUCCUCCGCCACCCCGCGACCCUCUGCCCGACACGCCUCCCCCGGUGCCCCAGCGACCCCCGGAGAUCUUCAUCAACUACCCGCUCAACAUGCAGCCUUCCCCCGUGGGCCGAUACCACUGGGACUUCAGCAGCUCCCCCAGCUCCCCCAACACGCCGCCCAGCACGCCGUCGCCCCGCAUCCCCAGGCGGAGCUGCCCGCUCAGCGCGAGCCAGAACAGCCUCUACCCUCUUCCUGUUCCCAUCACUGCUCCGCCUGUCCCCCCACGCCACAACUCCAGCCCACAACUCCCCAAACUCCCACCAAAGACAUACAAAAGGGAGCUGCUGCUGCAGCCGCCGCCGCUACGAGGCCUCUCAUUGGUGGAGAACACCGACAGCAGCCAGUGAGUCUGCGUUGUUGUUGUGUUUUUUUGUUUUUUUUAAAACACCAAGAGGUUAUCUUGAAAUGCAAACUUCAAACUACGACACAGUGGUUUCAAAGCUACUGAUCAGAAAGAAUAACACUGCUCCACACACACUUAACUCCACCCACCCGCCCUCUGCAUCAAACAAUCACCUCCCCGCUGUGCCUCUCAGGGGAUCAGUAGCUCCGCCUUCAUCAUAAACCCUCUGUGCCAAUGAGAAACCCUCACCGGUGUGCCAGCUAAUAAACAACAAGGAGUUGAGUGUUUUGUGUCUUUUUGUUCUAUAUGGAGCGGGACUGUUGCUCCUGAUGAAAGUUCUCACCCCCUCACACUCUUAACUUACCCCACGUCCCACUCCUCUGUCAGGGUGGGGGUGAAUGUGGGGGGCCUUGGACUUUGUAGCGUCAAAUGUCAUGCUUUUUGUUUCUUUGGGCAUUGACAUGAUCUGGAGUCGUGCUGCAGCUCCCAGAUCUGUAAGACCUCCCUCCUCCUCAAUGAUCCACUCAGACGUAGCUCUUUCACAGUGGCUGUGAGCAGCAAACAUUUCCAUUGAUAGGUUGUUGUUGUUUUUUCCUACGAACUGAUAAACAAACAGUUGCCAAAGUCUUAUUUUAUGCAGGGGGAAAAGGGAUUAUUUUUUUUUUUUUUUUAAACAAAUGUGACAUUAAAAAAGAAUCUGAGGCGACACUGAAACCCCCCCCCCCCCCACACACACACACAUACACACACACACCUUGUAUCUCAACUGUACACUGUGACUGUAUAGACGUGAGUCAAACUGUCUCGACUGUUUUUAUCUGAAGACAGGCCUCUCCGCAGCCACAAAUUGUUGCCUUUAAAAAAAAAAAAAAAAAAUUAAAAAAGAAUAUAAUCCAACAGCGGUGACCUCCUGACCCCAGGCUCCCAAGUCCUCUCGGCCCGGAUGGGGACAGCGAGAGCCGAGAACACUCCAUUUGCACAUCGAGUUUGGGCCGAGUCGGCAGGUUUUUUUUUCUUCGAUCAGACUAUUGAGAAUCCCCCUCGGCGGCGUGCGACAGCAGGGAGGUCUGCCACGAUAUCACACGGCACCGAUCCAGGACGGAGGCGGGGAGAGCUGAAUGUGUUUUCUCUCUCCGACUCUUCCACAGCUGAUGUCUUAACCGAUCCCCUCACAGACGUGCGCUGCUGUCUUGACACAGUGCUCUUCUCCAAAAGCCCCCCCACACACCCCCCAUGACCAACUCUUCUUCAUUGGUAUGAAAAACUCAGCACUGGAAGCACGCAACCUCCUACCAGAGCUGGGUCGGCUCCCCCCAGUGGCUGCUCGACGUACCUAGAAACCCAUGAAAAAGAGGAACCUUUUAACCCAACUUCUUCUUUCUGUCUCUUUUUUUUUUUUUUUCUCUGCUUGAAAACAUUUUGUUUCUCUUUUGGAAAGACUGAAAUAAUCCAUGCAUCAUGCUCAGAUGUGCCUUUUUAUUUUUUUUUCUACUUUACUGAAAUAAGCAAAUGGUGUCUAAAAUGCUAAAAAAAAAAAUAAAGUUGCCUAUGUAAUGUUUAGAACAAAGCUAUACACUAUGAAAUUGUACAUGUUUGUGGAUACUGUGUAUAUAUAACAUGUAUACACUAACUAAAUAAUUUGUAUAAAGUGGCAAGUCCCCCCCCCCCCCCGUUGUAUUGUACCCUCAUCCGCAUCUGUUCAGUCGAAUAUUGCCUAAUAAUCCAAUGCUGCUACAGUCGGAUAAAAAAAACUAAAAAAACAAAACAAGAAAAAAACAGGUCACUGUCACUAACUUACUUACAGACAAUCUCCAGUUGAAACACUGGGAGUAUUAACUGAGGAAAGCCAUUUUUUUCUUCCCUGCCCCCGUAGCUGUUUUUAAAGCAAUGAAAAAAAAAAAAAGAAUACAGUUCAGUACGCCGAGCACUUACUUAGACGUGUGCUUCACUUUGUACAUCCUACUAAUUGCCUUUUUCUCCUUUUCAAAGAUUUUUUAAUGCUAACAUUCAUUAAACGGAGGUUUGGGAUUGUAUUAAAAGUUGCAGUUGAAUACAUAAAGACCUUUUUUUUUUUUUUUAUCUUUUUUUUUAUUCAGUUGCAAGUAUUUGAGCAUAGUGAAGAAUUGGACUUUUUUUUUUUUCUUCUGAGAAACACACUUUGUGCACUUUAGGCUGUACUGUUGAAGAGCCACAGUUGUUAUAAUAGGUCACGUUUUAAAUGCAAUGGUCCUAUGCAACUGUUCAAACUCACUUUCUACAUGGAUAUGGAUAGAAAAGAAGAAAAAAAAACCACAAGUCCACCACCUCCUGUGUCCACACGAUGUCUAUAAAAGGCACAAACGCCUGAGGAUGUCUGACGAGCAGGAUGUCGGACAAAAUGAGGAGAGAAAAAUAAUAAUCCUCGUCUUUUGUGGACGAUUAAACUUCUGAUCAAACUAGAGAUGAAAGGGCAGUUUUGGAGGAUUUUUAAUCGACAGCUGAAGUCCAAUCGCUUCACUCAUGUUCUGUCCAUUUUCCCCCAGAGUUUCCAAAGCCAGUAUCGGUGGGGUUAAUUUUGCCAAGUUUUGUCGUCUUCUGUUUGUUUUUUUUUGUUUUUGUUUUAACCCCCGACAGAAUAACAGAUUGGUUUUCCUCCAGUGGCGCUGUAACAGCUUGAUCCAGCAGUCGGUUUAUUUGAUGGUAUGUGGCCUUUUAACUGCUUUGUAUUAAUGGUCUUCAUGAGAUUAAUAAAUCACCCAGUCUUAUUUUGUACUGAACUA